AUGGAUCCCAAGACACGGUCAGAGGCCCAGCCGGAGGCCCAGCAGCAGCAACAGCAGGGCGAGCACAGACAUGUGACGUUGGAGCAGCAUACCAGCUGGAUCAACAUCCUCACCGUGGUCGCAGCCGCCAUGGCCAGUUUCACCUUUGGCUUUUCCAACAAUGUCAUCUCCGGAACGCUGGCCCAAGAUUCCUUCCUGGCCUACUUCCUAACCACCAACGCCAACUCGCGCAUUGGCGGUAUGCUUGGGGCCUUUUUCGGCGGAGGCUUCAUUGGCGCCAUUGUGCAGAGCCCCCUUUCUACCCGCUACGGCAGACGUCCGUGUAACACGGUUGCCGCGUUGCUGGUCAUGGUAGCGGCGGCGCUGCAGGCCGGCAGUGUCCACCUCGCCAUGUUCCUGGUCGCGCGGGUGCUGAACGGCAUCGGCGCCGGUAUGAUCAUUACCAACACGCCCGUUUAUCUGAGCGAGGUGUCGCCGGCGCACACCCGCGGCAUUCUGGUCAGCGCCCAAGGAGUCGCCAUCACGGCGGCGUACAUCCUGUCCAGCCUGACUGCCUUGGGAUUCCACUACGUGGAUGAAUCGUAUCAAUGGCGCCUGCAAUUUGUCAUUCUGACCGCCCUCUCCAUCUUACUUACCAUCACCAUGUUUUUCAUUCCCGAAAGCCCCCGGUGGCUCAUGGACCAUGGGCGAUUCGAUGAGGCCUGGACCGUUCUGGAGAGGCUGCACCGGACAAAAGCAGAUCCUGAGGGACGCAUUGCGCGGGCAGAAUAUGUGCAGAUCAAAGCCCAGGUUGAAGAAGAAAAGGCACUGCCCACCGGCUACUUGCAUAUCUGGAAGUCUCCGUCGCUAAGAAAACGGGCCAUCUGUGGCUCAGUGGUCUGGAUCAUGGGCCAGUCCACCGGCAUUGUGGUCAUCGCCAACCUCGCCCCGAGGUUGUUCGCCGGUCUCGGAUUCGACCGGGUCCUGCAGCUAGGUCUUUCGGUAGUCUGGGUCACUGUCUGCGCCAUUGGAACCUGGCUCAGCGGUCUUCUCAUCGAACGUCUGGGCCGAAUUAAACAAAUGGUUCUCGGCGGGUAUCUAUGCACGGGCGCCCUGAUCAUUGAGGCCGUGCUACAGAAGUACUAUAUCGGAACGAACAACAAAUCCGGUCUGAACGCCGCCACCGCCAUGUACUUCAUCUUCGUCUUCCUCUUCGGUCUGCUGAUCGAAUGCCCCGGCUACACGUACCUGGUGGAAAUCUGGCCCACUCAUCUGCGUAGCGAAGGUGCCACCAUCGGCUUCGUUUCCUUCUUUACCAUGACCAUCAUCUACAACAGCCCGGCCGCCCAGGCCUUUGCCACGAUCGGCUGGCGCUACUACUUUGUUAUGGUGUCGGUGUGUUUGGUCUCGACCACUUUUAUGGCUUGGUAUUGUCCUGAGACUGCUGGCCUCACUCUGGAAGAAGUUGCCGCCAAGUUCGGCGACCAUGUCGCCGUGGAUAUCGACACAGUCGACGUCGACCGCUUCCAGAUUGAGAAGGUCCAUGAGAGUCACGUCGAGGUGGUUUCGGUUUGA